AUGGCCGGUGUGGACGGUGUUCAUCAUCGGCAACUCUCUGUAUCGAAUCUCCGCUUCAAGCCCUUCCCACGCAUUGGCGUUGAAAUUCAAAGAGCCUUUUCCGAAGUGCUCCUCGAAGUCAACCGCAAACAUGCGUACACCGCUUUUCGUCCUGUUGGCAGAUAG